AGUAGGACAUGGGCUAUUAGAAGACUACAAGCAAGACAUCCCUGGGACAUUACAGCCCUGGGACAUUCUCCUCUCUCGUUGGCACCCUACACUGAUCUCCUCAUCAUCAUCUCCAUACCUGUCAAUUGGAAUUAACUCUGCUGCUUCAGCACAUCUCACCAUGAAGGCUUGCCAGGUUCUGCUUUCACUGUUUACUGUUAUACUGCUGAACCAAGUGAGGUCCCAGGACACGUUGGAGUUCGGAGCCAUAAGUUCUGAGGUGUUCGUCCCAUUUGGAGAGGCCGUGUGGCUAAACUGCUCUACUCACAAACCUGAUCAAACAAUCUAUGAAAGCAGAUUAUACAAGAAUCAGACCAAGAGGGGGCCCAACUGGUUGGCAGUGCAAGUGAUUGUCCGUGACUGGGAGAACUCAACGUGUGUCUGCAUGCUUGACACUAGAAAUUACAUUUUUACAAGUCAUACAAUAGUCAUGGCAUAUGCUCUGCCUUCCGACAUCACUAUAGACCUGCAGACUGAGCUACAGGAAGGAAAAGAAUAUACCAUCAACUGUAUGGUUCAUGAAGUUGCUCCUUUGGAGUAUCUUACCAUAAAUAUCAUCAGAGGAGGGGAUGUCAUUGAUAGCAAAUCAUAUAAAGGACCACACGUGGUGAACAGAAGGACUGUGAGUCGCUUACAUACAUUCACAGCUCAUCUCAGUGACAACCUUAUGAAGUUCUCCUGUGAGGCCAUCCUACAACUUGGGUCAGAGCUCCACACAGUCAAGUCCACGGAGAUAACCGUACAGACCUAUAGUAUGUCACCUCUGUCAGCCAGUAGGUGUGUUCAAGAAAGGAAUGGUUAUGUCAACUUCAAGAUAGUGAGGUCCCAGGACACGAUGGAGUUCGGAGCCAUAAGUUCUGAGGUGUUCGUCCCAUUUGGAGAGGCCGUGUGGCUAAACUGCUCUACUCACAAACCUGAUCAAACAAUCUAUGAAAGCAGAUUAUACAAGAAUCAGACCAAGAGGGGGCCCAACUGGUUGGCAGUACAAGUGAUUGUCAAUGACUGGGAGAACUCAACAUGUGUCUGCAUGCUCAACACUAGAGAUGAAAUUUUGACAAGUCACACCAUAGUCAUGUCAUAUGCUUUGCCCUCCGAUGUCACUAUAGACCUGCAGACGGAGCUACAGGAAGGAAAAGAAUAUACGAUCAACUGUACGGUUCAUGAAGUUGCUCCUUUGGAGUAUCUUACCAUAAACAUCAGCAGAGGAGAGGAUGUCAUUGAUGGAAAAUCAUAUGAAGGACCACACGUGGUGAAUAGAAGGACUGUGAGUCACUUACAUACAUUCACAGCUUGUCGCAGUGACAACCUUAAGGACUUCUCCUGUGAGGCAAUCCUACGACUUGGGUCAGAGGUCCACACAGUCAAGUCCACGGAGAUAACCGUACAGUCCUACACUCUGCCUUCCGACAUCACUAUAGACCUGCAGACUGAGCUACAGGAAAGAAAAGAAUAUAUCAUCAACUGUACGGUUCAUGAAGUUGCUCCUUUGGGGUAUCUUACCAUAUACAGUACAGACCAAAACAGAGGAGGGGAUGUCAUUGACACUAAAUCAUAUGAAGGACCACACGUGGUGAACAGAAGGACUGUGAGUCAUUUACAUACAUUUACAGCUCGUCGCAGUGACAACUUUAUGACGUUCUCCUGUGAGGCCAUUCUACGACUAGGGUCAGAGGUCCACACAGUCAAGUCCACGGAGAAAACCGUACAGACCUACAUGAGGUCCCAGGACAUGUUGGGGUUCGGAGCCACAAGUUCUGAGCUGUUCGUCUCAUUGGGAGAGGCUGUGUGGCUAAACUGCUCUACUCCUAAACCUGACAGAACAUUCUAUGAUACCAGAUUAUACAAGAAGAAGACAGAGAGGGGGCCCAACUGGUUGGCAGUGCAAGCGAUUGUCCGUGACUGGGAGAACUCAACAUGUGUCUGCGUGUUGGACUCUGGAGACAUAUUUUUAACAAGUCAAACCAUAGUUAUGGCGUAUGAAGGGCUCCCUUAUCACACGCGGACUGCAGAGUGUCUCACUGCAUAUGGUAGAAUUCUCAAACACUGUAGUGGGUUGUACAUAGUUACAGGAUUUGCAGGGGUGACCUCCGCACUUUGUAAAACCCUGAUGUCUAAGCCAGGUAGAUUUAGAUUUAGCAGUGGAAGAAAUAAAUAA